GAUGAGAACAUGAGGGGAGGUAUUAUUUAGGUAACCCCACUUGUCUGUGUUCCCCAAAUCUAUAUUUUUAUCAUAAUUCUCACAUGGUGUUCUUCUUUCUCAUUCUCAAUUCUCAAUUCUCAUCUCUACAAUGGCCUCCACCAACAACCACAUCCACCACAACGGCUCCACCGUUUCUCACGUUUCCAAGAAACCUAAGCUCUCCUCCGUCAUAACUCCGUCGGAGGUCCAAUCAGAGUUCGCUCACCAUGACCCCUCCGUCGCACGAAUCAACAACGGAAGCUUCGGUUGCUGCCCCGCCUCCGUCAUCGCCGCGCAGCAACGGUGGCAACUCGACUACCUCCGUCAACCGGACCACUUCUACUUCAACCAACUCAAUACCGGAAUCCACCAUUCCCGAACCAUCAUCAAGGACCUCGUCAACGCCGACCACGUCGACGAGAUCUCCAUAGUCGACAACGCCACUACUGCCGCCGCUAUCGUCCUCCAACGCACCGCUUGGGCUUUCCGAGAAGGAACCUUCCAAAACGGCGACGUCGUUCUCAUGCUCCACUACGCUUACGGCGCCGUUAAAAAAUCUAUCGAAGCUUACGUCACGCGCUCCGGAGGUAAGGUCAUCGAGGUUCCGCUUCCUUUUCCCGUUAACUCUAACGACGAAAUCGUUUCCGAGUUUAGAAAGGCGUUGGAGAGAGGGAAGAGUGAGGGAAAGAGGGUUAGGUUAGCGGUUAUCGAUCACGUGACUUCCAUGCCCUGUGUUGUUAUUCCUGUUAAGGAGUUGAUUCAGAUUUGCAGGGAAGAAGGUGUUGACCAGGUUUUCGUUGAUGCUGCGCAUUCGAUUGGGUGCACUGAUGUUGAUAUGAAAGACAUUGGUGCUGAUUUCUACACGAGCAAUUUGCAUAAGUGGUUCUUUUGUCCCCCUUCUAUUGCGUUUUUGUAUUGUCGCAGGAACCCUAAGUGUUCUGAUUUGCAUCAUCCUGUGGUGUCUCAUGAGUAUGGUAAUGGUUUGGCUGUGGAGAGUGCUUGGAUUGGGACCAGGGAUUAUAGUUCCCAGUUGGUGGUUCCGGAGGUUUUGGAUUUCGUUAAUCGGUUUGAAGGAGGAAUUGAAGGGAUCAAGAGGAGGAAUCAUGAUGCUGUUGUGGAGAUGGGGGAUAUGCUGGUGAAAGCGUGGGGGACUCAUCUUGGGAGUCCGCCCCAUAUGUGUGCGAGCAUGGUUAUGGUUGGUUUGCCUCCUUGUUUGGGGAUUGCUAGUGAUUCUGAUGCUCUCAGGUUGAGGACACAUUUGAGGGAUGCUUUUGGGGUUGAAGUUCCCAUCUAUUAUCGGGCUCCCAAAGAUGGGGAAGUUGGAGUGGUUACUGGAUAUGCACGAAUUUCUUAUCAAGUCUACAACAAAGUUGAGGACUAUUACAAGUUCAGGGAUGCUGUUAACAAGCUCGUCCAAAAUGGGUUUACUUGUGCUGGUCUUGCGGAUUGAAGAGCAUCAAUGUGGAUGCUCCUUUAUAAAACGUUGGAAGAGGAACCAUGCUGGUAUUACAAAAGGAAACAUAAUAUAUUUACAUUAUUUCCCAUCAAUAAUUGGAAAUUAGCAAGGAUCAAAAAAGGAAAUUGUGUUUCUAUCCCAUGAGAAAUUAUGUACAUCUAUUUCCUAAUUUGACCUAAUUUUUUCUGUCCAUCUUGCUUUCUUAUUAUUUGCAUCAUACAUAAAUGAUUAACCGUCCAUCCUCCCUCUCAAAGAAAAAGAAAAAUAUUAUAUGCAUCUUGAAUUAUGACAUUCUUAUAUUUGAAUUUUAGGAAUUGUUUUCAUUACAUUCCCUUAUUGUUUUUGAAUAUUGGCAAUGACUUUUAUUGUGAUCUUGCCCUGUUGGUAUUAUUCGCUUCACUUGUGAUUCUUGGCAUCUUUUUCUUUGCAAACUGAUAACUUUACGAUACAGAUUUUUUUGUCUUAUACUUUUCCAUUGAAAACCAAUGCUUCUGUAAAAUGCUUAUCAUGGGAACAAGUAAGAUUCAACAAAGGGUAAAGUAAUAUUGCCUUCAUAAAUUAUAAAGAUUACUGAAAAAUGUUGCAACUCUAUGUUUUCAUACUUCUAACCAUGGGAAAGAGCAAGAAGUUCAUUCACGAUUGGUGCUACUAGUAAAGUUAUAUUUGAGGUUUUCAUGCAUUAUAUAAGUAGAGGAAUGUGAACAGCACAUUCUCCAACACAUCCCUGUGAUUGGUCAAUUUUUAAAAACUCAAAAUAAUUUUUAGUAAGUGAUCAAUUUAGGGACAACAGCUUCGAAUUUUAAAAUAUUUGACUAAUCAUAAAGAGUAUUUUGCUGCAUUUCUCGUGUAAGUGUAGAGGCAAAACAUUCUUUUUGAAAAUGUUGAAGAGUCAAUGCCAUCUUUUAUUUUUAACCAAACAACACCAGUUUGUUGUUAUUUUUAAUUGUUUUGUUUUUAAUCUUCUAGUUGUGUUAUAUUUGUUUUCACUCUAACUAGAGCAAAAUUCUGUUUAUUUGCAGUUGAGAGGUGUCACUGUCGUGUUCUGAUGAAUAAACGCAAUGGCUCUGUGAUUGCUUGCAAGCUUGACUAGUUAUGAUGGUUUCGGUACCAUAGACUGCAGGUUUUGCAGAGAAACUACAGCAAUUGCUGAUAUUAGCUUUGCUGAGUUGAAUUCCUUAGGAGUAGCUUCAAUGUUGUGAUAUAUGGAAAUAUCCUUGUAAAUAUAAUCAUGAUUCUCAGAUGGUUUAAUGCUUUUAACCUACAUUAUGCCAAUUGAAGUUAAAC